UUAUCUUCCACUCACAACUCAUAAAUUCUAUCUUCCAAUCGAGUUCCAUACUUUUGCUAUUAAAUCAAAGUUUAGAGUGCAUACAUUGAUCUUGACAUCAAAUGGCUUCACCUCAUGAUGUAACUGAAUCUGACCAGAAAAAUGAGACAGGAUCUGACCCCGGUAUCAUUGAAAACAUAGUUAAAACGGUAACCAACACUCUCGGCAGUGCCAAAGAUGAUGUGACUGGAAAAAAUCAUGAAACCAAGGAGAAGGCGCCAGUGGUUUCCGAUGAUGUUUUUGCAGACAGAGAAAAACAAAACAUAGAAGAAACAACACCGAAGGCGGAGGAGUACAAUGAUCCCGUCGCUCAAAAAGCAAAAGAAGCUGGUGACUUUGCUAACCUGAAAGCAAAAGAAGCUGCUGACUUGGUGAAGGAGUACAAUGAUUCCGUUGCUCAGAAAUCAAAAGUUGCGGCUGACUUGGCUAACCAGAAAGCAAUAGAAGUCGCUGAUUUGGUUAGUAAGAAAGCAAAAGAAGCCGCUGGUUUGGCGGAGGAGCACAAGGAUUCCGUUGCUCAGAAAGCAAAAGAAGUCACUGACUUGGCAGAGGAGCACAAGGAUUGCGUCGCUCAGAAAGCGAAAGAAGCUGCUGACUUAGCAGAGGAGUACAAGGAUUCUGUCGCUCAUAAAGUGAAAGUAGCAGCCGACUUGGCUAACCAGAAAGCAAAAGAAGUCGUUGAGUUGGUUAAACAGAAAGCAAAAGAAGCUAUUGAUUUGUCGGAGGCAAACAAGGAUAUAGUCGCUCAGAAAGCGAAAGAAGUCGCUGAAUUGGCGGAGGAGUACAAGGAUUCUAUCGCUCAUAAAGCGAAAGAAGCUGCUGACUUGGCUAACCAGAAAGCGAAAGAAGUUGCUGACUUGGUUACCCAGAAAGCAAAAGAAGUUGUUGACUUGGAGGAGGAGCACAACGUUUCUGUCGCUCGGAAAGCGAAAGAAUCCAUUGACUUGGCGGAGGAGGACAAGGAAUCUGUUGCUCAUAAAGCCAAAGAAGCCGCUGAAUUGGCGAACCAUAAAGCAAAAGAAGUCGCUGACUUGGUUAUCCAGAAAGCAAAAGAAGCUGAAGACUUGGCGGAGGAGCAUAAGCAUUCUGUCACUCAAAAAGCACAAGAAGCCACUGACUUGGCUAACCAGAAAGCAAAAGAAGCAAAGGAAACCGUUGAUACAACUGCACAAAAUGUCAUAGACACCAGUACAAAAAUGACCUAUGGUGACAGUUUUUGAAAAUAAGGUUGUCACAGUUUUGGUUAAUGGCGUCAUUAAUCAAAUUUCAGUAAUGUUUUAGUCACAUAUUAGCUCAAAACUGUCACCAUUGCAAACUAUGUUCACACAUUUCAUCGUUGUUUUAUAUAAUAAGUGUGAUAAAUACUAUCUAAUAGUCACAGUCAUCAUUGUGACAAAAUUUCAUCAA